GCGUCAUGUGUCAUUUAAAACACGUUGUAGCCUGACGAGUUUACAACCCCCACCCCCGCACUCUUACUUUCUUACUUGCUAAACGUGCCCCCACUUUGUUAAGUCGCGCGUCGCCGUAAACUCCACCCAAAGAAACGGGCGAGCGAAGAAAGGGCGGGCGAAACUUUUGGCCUGCAAAUCUGCCGUUCCACCUUAAGCGCACGAGCCAGACGCAGGCAAGCGUACGGUCGAAGGUUUCCGCUUCUCGGCCGCUGCAACUAACGCACUAGAGAGGGGAGACACCCCCACCACUCCCCCAUCGCCCCCCGUCCCCCCCAAAAAUAAUAGUGUAACACAUAAAGAGGAGGAAAAUGUCCGACGCCAAGUACCGCGAGUGGAUACUGGACACUAUCGACUCGCUGCGGUCGCGAAAAGCCCGUCCGGACUUAGAGCGAAUCUGCCGAAUGGUCCGGCGACGCCACGGGUGCGAGCCCGACCAAACGUGCGGCGAGCUUGAGAAGCUCAUUCGCGAACAGACGGUGCUCAAAGUCAACUACAAGGGCUCCAUUUCGUACCGGAACGCCGCCAAGGUUCAACGGCGGUGCCGCAAAAAGGACGACACCGUGACGGCGUCCUCUUCUGCGGCGGUAGCGACGGGGGCGACGACGUCUGUGGCGGCCGUGAACGACGCCAGUCACUCAGACUUAAGCAACGGGGACAGCGCGCUCGGCCCCGCGGACCCGGACGACGACGACGAUGAGGCUGACACCUCCAUGGCCAUGGACACAGACAGCAACAUGGAUGAGGAGGGCGGCGACGAGAGCCGGGACGGCCAGGACGGCCCCUCCCCCGGCCCCGUGUGCACGGCGACGCCGGUUGUAAUGCGAGCGGCAUCCGCACCCUGCUCGCCCUCUCAUGCUCGGCCUGGGCCCGGCCCGGGUCCUGGUCCUUCUCCCGCCUCUGGUCUGGACUGUGUCAUCUCCAUUCAAAUGGCCGCCGCCAGGCCUAGCUCCCUUUCCCCCACAAAACCCGGGAUCCUCACACAUCACGACUGGGCCAACGGGGUCACCGGCUGCCCAGUGGAGCGCCCGGAGAAGGGAAUCCACAUAGACAAAGCAUGUGAAGCGACAGUCCACCCCGUACCCGUCAGUCCGAGCGCUCCCAUGAACAACGACGUGAAGGAGGAGGUCAAGAGGGAGGACAGCAGCCCCCUCUUGGACCAGCUGGUGCCCGACUACGCCGUGCAACUGGAGAGGAGCGGCGACGCGUCCCAGGUUCAAGCGCAGACGCUGUCAUCGUCGGGCGACUGCACUCCGAAGAAAAAUCCGGACGCGCUCGCCUCCUUGGAGCAAGCCGAGACGGUUCACGUGAACGGCGACGAUAAAAGCGACGACCUCAGCCCGGAGAAGAAGGCCAACAUGAGUCAGAACUUGCUGCAGUGGACGGUGGCCGACGUGGCCAGUUACUUUGUUGACGCCGGCUUUCCAGAGCAGGCGCUUGCCUUCAGGACGCAGGAGAUCGACGGCAAGUCGCUGCUGCUCAUGCAGCGUAGCGACGUGCUGACCGGCCUUUCCAUCCGACUGGGCCCUGCGCUGAAAAUCUACGAGCGUCACAUCAAAGUGCUACAAAGGAGCCACUUCUUGGAGUGCGACAACCUCUGAUGGAGUGUGCUGACUGUGACUGUGAGAAAGCAAAAAAAACAAAACAAAACAAAAAAAAAACUCUUCCACUAGGAUCCCGCCACACCACAUGGCAUAUAGUCUCUCGAUGUAUGAAGCAUGGAGGAAAAGAAAGGACCAGUGACAAAACAAUCAUCCUACCUCUCAUGAUCCUCAUCCCCCCCACCUCCCAACCCCCGUGCAAAAGGAGCAGUGGCCCUUUAAGAAAAGCCACACGUGCACUUCCUGUGGAGUUUCUGACUGUGAUGCGCUUGCCUCCGAUUCUUCGCUCCCACCAAAGUCUCGCAGGUAAAACAAACCGCGCGCGCGUUCCAACGUGCAUGCAUCGCAGUUCCCGGCGUAGCUGCUAACGCAUUCAUCUCUGUCGUUAUGUACCUCGUCGGUUUGCGUUAUGAGCGGCGACACGCGUUGUCGAUAUUCAAUCGACAAACGGGCAAUAUUGAAAUUUUAAAGGCCAACCCGUUGGACCACAUGCAAUAUUUUCUGUGUUAGUCGUCUGCCGCUUUGUGUUGUAAUACAAGUCCAUCCAUUUGAAGUGUGUAUCAUUCCACUGGGUGUCGUCGUUUUUUGUUCGUUUUAUUUUUUUUAAUUUAAUCAAUCAGUCCAUACUUCCGACAAGAGUCACCAAUAAAGUUCACGCCUGUUUGA